CAGCGGACACCUGCAGCGCAGAACACUGACGGUAUCCAGUACCGAAAUGACCGUGGCAGCUCUGAUCAUGCUUGCUUCCUUUACGACGGCGGCUGCUAUAACGCAGACGAGUGGCCACUACAGUACCUUCUCUGGGCCCGUUUCUGGCGCCAUUCGACAGGUGGUGGCUAAUCCGCGUGGAGCUGUGGAUUUCGUGGCGAAGCCAGACUACUCGUUCGCGUUCGGCGUCGAGGACCCGGAGUCAGGCAACGCACAGGCGCACGAGGAGCGCCGUGACGGCGGCGUGGUCAAGGGUCAGUACACGCUGCUCGAGCCGGACGGCCGCACGCGGACCGUCGUCUACACCGCCGACCCCGAGCACGGCUUCCGCGCCGACGUCACCUUCAGCGGCACCGCCAGCUCGCAGCCAAGCAACGGGGGCAGCAGCAACAACAACCACAGCUACUACUAUUGACGAACUCGCACACUUCUUUCACUGUCGCAAACUUCUAUCGAGGUGGCAGUUACUACAGAACCUCUACAUCGCAAUACCCUUACUCCUAGUAAUCUGAUUGUUUACUGAAGCUCGUUUAGACAGUAGAUUUGACCGAACAACACAUAGGACAUCACACUUUAUGUGCCCUUCGCGUCCCAACUACUGGUAAAAGCCAUCCUAUGCCAAUGCCGGUUCCAAACACGACAGUCUACUCACGCACCGGUGUAAGUAAUUUACUUCAAAUGGCAUUUAGAAGAGCCACUAUACCUAAAGAUCAUAAAUAAAUUGACGGGUAUACUUCCGGCAAAAGGCUGUGGGACAACAAAUCAGUAAACACAAUACAUAGUCAAAAACAAUGUAUUCGAAUACGCAAUUUUCAAGAAUGGUAAAGAAGUGACAAAUUAUGUAAUCAAUACAUGCAUGCUAUUCUCUGAAGCAUCCAAUGACAGGCAAACUUCCAGAGAGUAAGCUACUCUUGCUCCGUUUCUCAUAAAUGCAUUAGUUAAAUGAACUGUGAAUCCUCCUACUUACCAGAUAUAAUUUCAACGACCAUCUGUUUCCAGUAUCAGCUCUCUAAAGACUUAGCUCACAGAAAUUACCCUGCAAAAUGCCCUUACAUAUUUAGCACCAGUGUGUUUCCUAUACAGGACCUUUUUUAAUAAUUAUAUACACACUCUAACCACCCACCCCCUUGUCUUCGCAAAUGUAACCAAACUAAGUCGCUGGUAUCUGACGAGGAAUCCAGACUGACUGGGAACACACUGCAAUGGUUCAAAUGGCUCUGAGCACUAUGCGACUUAACUUCUGAGGUCAUCAGUCGCCUAGAACUUAGAACUAAUUAAAUCUAACUAACCUAAGGACAUCACACACAUCUAUGCCCGAGACAGGAUUCGAACCUGUGACCGUAGCGGUCGCUCGGUUCCAGACUGUAGCUCCCAGAACCGCACGGCCACUCCGACCGGCGAUCUGCAAUGCAAAGGGACUAUUGUAGGCCUAAGCAAAGGGGGAAAUCUGGAGUACAGAGUUUUAAGUAUCAAUGUAAUCGAUUUGUAGCAAAUAACAAUCAGUUUUCUAGGAUAUGGUAUGUCCUUUUCUGUCAGCAAUAAAAUUUUAUUCUUGCGGCAUGACGUCUGUAACUGAUGAACUCUUUUACAUCAAAAAUUACAAUUUUAAAGUCUGCCCCUCCCCGGAUGAUUUCUGCGAGCGUCCAUGAUGAUAAUACUUCAGAGUUACAUCUCCUUUUAAGGCUGAUUUAGUUUCCGCGACGAAACACUGGGUGAAAUGUUUGUAGGAACACGGCAGUAAUAUCUAGUCUCCUUCACAACUGUAGUUAGUGGUAGUUGAAGUUAUGGGUACCUUUAACGAACCGCGUAACAGUUCUAAGGGAAUGAUCCAUUCUGUUGUUAGAAGCAUCACUUGUACCAAUUACUUGGUCAUCUGUAGAAAUACACAGACAACAGACUAAUAUAUACUGGAUGUUAAUGUAUAAAAUCAUUUACAACUUAAGUUCUUGAACGAUUUUAACAACAAAGUAUUGUGAAUAGCAAU